AUGGAUGAAACACCUCAUCCUCUCGAAACGCCUCAAGGCGAUCGUGUUCAGCUCGAACUAUCCACGGUCCCCGAACAGGAAUCACAAUUAAAUCCUACACCCGCCCCGCCACCACUACCGUCGAAAGCGCUGACGACAUCGGCGGUGCUCGAUGCUACACUCAAGUUCUUUGCGAAUGCGAGCAAUGAAACUCUGGGGGCCUGCGCGGUAGGCCUCUGUGCCUCUACAUACCUGGUCUUAGGGAGAGUUGGUCUAGUCCUCAUCGGCGCAGUUGGCGGCGUUGUCCUUCAUGCCACCUGGGAAAAUCAGUAUGGGGGGAAAGCGGACGGUGACAGUCAAGAGAUCAACAGGAGGAGGAAAGAGCUGGGCAUUGAAGUAGCGCAGAGAGUGCUGGACUGGCGAGACAAGAGACAGAAGCCCGAGAACGAAGAUGACGAUAGUCCCGGCGACUCCAAAGUCGAUCUGAAGACGCUGGAUUACUCUGAUUUUGAGCCUGAAACAAGAGCCGCUCUCACCCAGCUGACCGAUGCUGUUAUAAGAGACUACGUCGAAUGGUGGUAUAGUCCGCUUCUUCCCAGAGACCAGUCGUUUCCCGCGAGGUGCAGACAGACCUUUAGCAGCUUCGUCGUCUCCUUCUCCAACCAUCUUUCGCGCAAACGGACUGCCGAUCCGGUCCUCGAUUUCUUUGCCAAUUCGACUUCCAUCAUCAUUGUCUUCCUGAACGAACUCUCCACCGCCCUCAAGGCGUCGUCUAAUCAGGAUGCAGAGACUGCCGUGACAACCUACCUACAAUUCCAGCCGGACAGCAAUUUGGCCAAUGUUCUCAGCAGGGAGCAGCAAGAACGCAAGCUCAACCUCGUGGCGGACGAUAUCCUACAGAACUUCCUCGAGCCGAAGUCGUAUAAUUGUCCUCCAGUCAAAACCUUCCUUCGAGAAGUUCUAGCAGGACUGGUGCUGGAGACUACCGUGGAUAUGUGCUCGAAACCGGAGUUUAUCAAUGGCUGGAUUGUUUCCUUGUUGCAGGACGGUGAACCCGAACUCAUGAAUGUUAUCGAUGCUGGCGUUGAAGACAUGAAUGAAGCUAUGUCGCACGCGAAGGAGAAUGUUGAUAACGGCAAAGUCCACGAUCGUCGGAUGAGUAGGGCUGAAGAAGCAAUGCAAGAGGCCAUGCGGGAAGCUCAGAGACUGAACGAGAUGAUUGCUGAGGACGAAGCCAGGCGAAAACGCGGACAGGGCCCAAGCGAACCCGAAGAAACCAGUUCGGUAGCCACCAAUGAUGUUGGAAUGGCAACACCAAGCUCCUCAGGUAGUGAUCGGAAUCGACAAGGAGAACAAUCUUUGGACACGUCGUUAGUCUUCGACCACGACGGCAAUGCCUAUGAGUCCUCAACUCCGAGUCCCAGCAAAGAACAAGAAUCCUUCACCAGCUUCGAUCAGCUCGCAGAAACAGUACCAAACGUGCUACCACCUGUGUCGACCGCCCCGGCGCCCGUCGAAACUAUGAUGGCGGUUCCCUUGACACUGCACAACGCUUCAAUUACGAUUCUUGACCUUGGCGACAUGAACGAACGAGCCGUGUUCCGCCAGAGACCGAACAAUGAGUAUUUGCUGCAAAUAGAACCUGCAUCACAUCGCUACCCCGGUUGGAUGGUGUCUCGCAAGUACCCAGAGUUCGAACCCCUUCACCAGACGUUAACCACGAUUGCUCGCAUCUCAGGCGUGCCAGAAUUUGGGCAAAAGUAUCCAAACCUGCCCGCCUGGAAAGGCCAGACGAGUGCGACACUGUCUCAAAGCUUGGAGGCCUAUCUGAGAUUUGUUGUCAAAUAUGAGCCAUUAGCCGAGACGGAAGCUAUGAAGAAAUUCCUCGACAAAGAGACCGGUCUCCAAAAGGCACCUGCACAGAGCAAGAAUGUUCUGGUACAGGGAGGUGCUGCCUUGGAAAAUGUUGGCAAGAACUUCAUCAAUGUUUUGGGACAGGGCGGCAAGAAUAUCGCUGGUGGCGGCAAGGCGGUGCUAGGAGGUGUACAGGGUGUCUUUGGAGCCGUGGCAACCGGAGUCGGCGGAGCACCCAAACGGCUGAUCACAGCAAGGCCUACGCCGACAAGAAACCAUACAGGACAAUCCUCCAUCUCAAUUUCACGAAUGAGCCAGGACCUGCCGCGACAAAGCACCGACAGCGUUGAAGCCAAGCCACCCCCCUUGCCCGCGAGACCCAAUGCUGGGGUCGCGGUUCAGGAGGAAAAUGCUCAAUCGCCGAUCAGCUUGAAUGAAUCGGGUCGUCAAUCAGAAGAGAUCAUGUCAAUGCCACCACCACCAAGUGUCAUGUCGGACGACUACCAACCGAUCACGCUCCCUAAACCAGAGACGCCGCCACGACCUCGUCAAGACACCAUCACGGCCAUUCCAUCAACGCCUGCUGAAUCAUUGAAACGGGCAGACUCUAGCUCUGCGCUCUCCACGAACAAUGUGCCAGCACAGACAUCGUCGCGACGAGCGAAAAAGGAUAUUCCAAUCUCGGAGGAAGAAACGCGCAUCCUGAUAGAACUCUUCUUCGCUAUCCUCACGGAGCUCUACUCUCUCUCGGGUGCGUGGUCUAUCCGGUUGUCCCUCCUCGGGGCAGCAAAGACGUUCCUCCUCCGUUCAAACAAUCCCCAGCUCGACUCCAUACGUGUGUUACUUCAGGAAAGUGUGCUCGACGCCAAUUUCUCCGAUAAGGGAAUGGCGACACAUAUCAAUACUCUGCGAUACAACACUCUCCCAACUACGGAAGAGAGGUCGACUUGGCCCAAAGAGAUGACUGCUGAAGAGAAGGAGAAGCUGCGGGUGAAAGCAAGGAAACUGCUUGUUGAGAGAGGUAUGCCACAGGCUCUGACCAGCGUGAUGGGCACCGCUGCCAGUGGAGAAGCGCUGGGGAAAGUGUUCGACUGCUUGCAAAUGGAAAAUGUGGCUAGAGGGUUGAUCUUUGCGCUCUUGUUGCAGGCUAUCAGGGCUACAACGCAGUAG